UGCGUCACCGCAGCCUCCUGCAUUGGGGCUGCACAAACAGCCGAGGGAGCAGCGUCCGUCUGUCCGUCCGUCCAGCAGCUCCUCUCCCCCCAUCAGCCAUGGCACCAUCCUCCAUCCUCAUCCUCACCGCUCUGCUCCUUGCGGCGGAAUCCACGGCCCCCCCGAGCCUGGUUAAUACAUCAUUGCCGUGGCUGCUGGGGACGUGGCAAUACGUGGCCGGAGCCGCUCAGCUGCCCCAGCACCUCGUGGAGCUGCUGCUCAUCGAUCACGGCCACCUGCACAUUGAGCCCAGCAAUGGGGAGGAGCUGCUCAUCACGCAGCACGUGGCGGUGGGUGACCGCUGCCUCUCCAACAACUCCACCUCCAUCCGCCUCGGAGCCAACGGCACGGCGCUGCUGCAGCACGCCAAAACGCAGCGAACCCUGGGGACGGUGACGGAGCUGGGCUCCGAGGAUGCUCUGCUCAUCCAGCACCACGUGCAGAAGGAGGGGACGUAUUCGGCUCUGUAUCUCUAUGCCCGCAAUAGGACGGUGAGCAGCGAGCAGAAGGAAGAGCUGGGUCGGCGUGCAGAGAGCCUGGGGCUGAGCAGAGGGGCUGUGAUAUAUGCACCAUGGAGGAAGGAGCUGUGUAAAAUGGGGGAAAAGGAAAGAACAGAAGAAAGGAAGGAUGGAGAAGAGCAAGGAACGGCCCCAUUGAGCACCACGAUGGGCAGCUUGUAGCAAUAAAUGCUUUGCUCAGAGCUGGAGCAGCACCUGAGCAAGACCUGCAAAAAGGAACCGA